AUGACUACUUAUGUUAAACUAGUUAAGGGGGCCACAAAGAUUAAAAUGGCUCCACCAAAGAGCAAGUACAUCGACCCAAUCCUAUUAGGUACUACUCAGUCAGGUGAUUUUCAAGAAAUUAUGGAUGCAUUACAACCUAGAAUCAACGAUUCUGCAUGGACGGUCGUUUAUAAAGCCUUGAUUAUCUUACAUCUUCUAAUCAGAGAUGGUGAAAAACAAGUAGCUUUGGAUUAUUUAUCUGAAUCUUAUCAUGCUGACCAAUUUUUCCAUAUUAACAAUAAUUUAAUGUCACAGAGCACACAUUCUGGUGAUGUUAAGUUAUUGCAGAAGUAUUCGAAUUAUUUAAAAGUUCGAACUCAAGAAUUUUCAAAGACAAAAAAAGAUUUUGUUAAAGAAGAUUAUAAAACCUUGAGAAUUGUCAUAGAUAACAACAACCAUGAAUCUAUACAAUCUGCAUUGGAUCAAGUCGACUCGUUGGAAUUACAAGUGGAAGCUUUAAUUAAAGUAAGGUUUACUUCCUAUGAAUUAUCAAAUGAAUUAUUUUUAUAUUCAUUUAAAUUAUUAGUCUAUGAUCUUUUACCCUUAUAUAAUGCCUUAAAUGAAGGAAUUAUUACUCUUUUAGAAUCGUUUUUUGAAUUAUCUCAUUCAGAAGCAGAUACUACUUUACAGUUAUAUAAAAGAUUCGUGACUCUUACUGAUAUUGUUGUCAAAUACUUGAAAACAGCAAAAAAUGUGGGUCUUAGAAUUCCAAUCAUCAAACAUAUCACAACUAAGUUAGUCAAAUCUUUACAAGAUCAUCUAGCAGAAGAUAAUAGAACUCACAACACUUUUAAUCAAGACUCAACAACUGCAACCACAACCACUGUCCCAACUGGUAUCGCUAGUAGUGGUGCACUUUCAUCGGCAUCAACUUUUGCUCAACAGAGAUUAGAAGAGAUUAGAAAACAGAAAGCUCUAUUAGAGCAACAACUAGCAAAUCAACACAUUUUGUUACCACCACAAACAGGUUCACAAUCGCAUAAUCCAUUUAUGACAGCAGAAAAUCAAAUGUCAUUUAUCCCCCAACAAAUAACAAAUAAUCCCUUUGUAAUGCAAUCAACUCCACAAACGAUACAACAACCAAUUCAAGUGCUUCCAACACCAUCGGUACAACCAAACCUAUACACAGCUUCAUCGAUGCCCGUCCUACCUCAACAGGACCCUAUCUCUAUAGUCCCAUCUAUAUCGACGACUAUGACUCAAGUACCUACUAUCAUUCCAACCAUGACAUCUACUUCACAACAAAUAGUUACUUCAAAUAUGACUAAUACUCAAAAUGUCCCAACUUUUGUUCCAGAACAAAUACCUCCACUACCAACUGGAUCAAACAAUCCAUUUGCAUUAAAUAAUAUAGAGAAAGAAAUUCAAUCGAGACAAGAAAUUAAUCCAUUCUCCAAAACAAACUAUACUGAGUCUAAUAAUGAAGUUAACAAUAAAGUUCCAAACAAUGUUUCUAAUAAUCCGUUUUCUUUGGUCAAUAACCCCCAAGGACAACAAAUACAGGCCAAUGGACAAGUCAACCAAUUAACAACUUCACAAUAUCUAACACAGACACAACAACAACCACAGAUCUAUAAUAGUAUAAGUUUAAUAGAUUUAUGA